GCAACUGCUGUGGAAGAAAAAUUAACUCAACAUGAGACGGCGCUUUUACAACAAAUUGAGGAGCUAAAGAAGGGAAGAGAGGAAGACAGAUCAAGUGCUGAAAACGAGAAGCGCUCAUUGGCAGCAAAUAUGACGAAAAAACUGGAGUCUAAGCAACAACGCAUAGACACUUUGACAGAAAUCGUAGGGGAGAAAGAACGAAAUGAGACGACGCUAAUACAACAAUUUGAUGAGCUAAAGAAAGGAAGAGAGGAAGACAGAGCACAAUCUGAAAAAGACAAGCGCUCAUUGGCAGCAGAUAUGACGAAGCAACUCGAGUCUAAGCAACAGCAUGUAGACACUUUGACGGAAACCGUAGGGGAGAAAGAGCGAAAUGAGACGACCCUAAGACAACAAGUUGAGGAGCUAAAGAAAGGAAGAGAGAAAGACAGAAAAAGAGCUGAAAAAGAGAAGCACUCAUUGGCAGCAGAUAUGACGAAGCAACUCGAGUCCAAGCAACAGCAUGUAGACACUUUGACGGAAACCGUAGGGGAGAAAGAGCGAAAUGAGACGACCCUAAGACAACAAGUUGAGGAGCUAAAGAAAGGAAGAGAGGAAGACAGAAAAAGAGCUGAAAAAGAGAAGCACUCAUUGGCAGCAGAUAUGACGAAGGAACUUGAGUCUAAGCAACAGCAUUUAGACACUUUGACGGAAACCGUAGGGGAGAAAGAGCAAAAUGAGACGACCCUAAGACAACAAGUUGGGGUGCUAAAGAAAGGAAGAGAGAAAGACAGAAAAAGAGCUGAAAAAGAGAAGCACUCAUUGGCAGCAGAUAUGACGAAGCAAAUCGAGUCUAAGCAACAGCAUGUAGACACUUUGACGGAAACCGUAGAAGAGAAAGAGCGAAAUGAGACGACCCUAAGACAACAAGUUGAGGAGCUAAAGAAAGGAAGAGAGGAAGACAGAAAAAGAGCUGAAAAAGAGAAGCACUCAUUGGCAGCAGGUAUGACAAAGGAACUUGAAUCUCAGCAACAACGCAUAGACACUUUGACAGAAAUCGUAGGGGAGAAAGAGCGAAAUGAGACGACGCUAAUACAACAAUUUGAUGAGCUAAAGAAAGGAAGAGAGGAAGACAGAGCACAAUCUGAAAAAGACAAGCACUCAUUGGCAGCAGGUAUGACGAAGGAACUUGAGUCUAAGCAACAACGCAUAGACACUUUGACAGAAACCGUAGGGGAGAAAGAGCGAAAUGAGACGACGCUAAUACAACAAGUUAAGGAGCUAAAGAAAGGAAGAGAGGAAGACAGAAAAAGAGCUGAAAAGGAGAAGCACUCAUUGGCAGCAGAUAUGACGAAGCAACUUGAGACUAAGCAACAGCAUGUAGACACUUUGACGGAAACCGUAGGGGAGAAAGAGCAAAAUGAGACGACCCUAAGACAACAAGUUGAGGUGCUAAAGAAAGGAAGAGAGAAAGACAGAAAAAGAGCUGAAAAAGAGAAGCACUCAUUGGCAGCAGAUAUGACGAAGCAACUCGAGUCUAAGCAACAGCAUGUAGACACUUUGACGGAAACCGUAGGGGAGAAAGAGCGAAAUGAGACGACCCUAAAACAACAAGUUGAGGAGCUAAAGAAGGGAAGAGAGGAAGACAGAUCAAGUGCUGAAAAGGAGAAGCGCUCAUUGGCAGCAAAUAUGACGAAAAAACUGGAGUCUAAGCAACAACGCAUAGACACUUUGACGGAAAUCGUAGGGGAAAAAGAGCGACAUGAGACAACCCUAAGACAACAAGUUGAGGAGCUAAAGAAAGGAAGAGAGGAAGACAGAGCACAAUCUGAAAAAGACAAGCGCUCAUUGGCAGCAGAUAUGACGAAGCAACUCGUGUCUAAGCAACAUCAUGUAGACACUUUGACGGAAAUCGUAGGGGAGAAAGAGCGAAAUGAGACAACCCUAAGACAACAAGUUGAGGAGCUAAAGAAAGGAAGAGAGGAAGACAGAUUACAAUCUGAUAAAGACAAGCGCUCAUUGGCAGCGGAUAUGACGAAGCAACUCGAGUUUAAGCAACAGCAUGUAGACACUUUGACGGAAAUCGUAGGGGAGAAAGAGCAAAAUGAGACAACCCUAAGACAACAAGUUGAGGAGCUAAAGAAAGGAAGAGAGGAAGACAGAGCACAAUCUGAAAAAGACAAGCGCUCAUUGGCAGCAGAUAUGAAGAUGCAACUCGAGUCUAAGCAACAGCAUGUAGACACUUUGACGGAAAUCGUAGGGGAGAAAGAGCGAAAUGAGACAACCCUAAGACAACAAUUUGAUGAGCUAAAGAAAGGAAGAGAGGAAGACAGAGCACAAUCUGAUAAAGACAAGCGCUCAUUGGCAGCAGAUAUGACGAAGAAACUUGAGUCUAAGCAACAAUGCGUAGACAAUUUGACAGAAAUCGUAGGGGAGAAAGAGCGACAUGAGACGACUCUAAGACAGCAAUUUGAAGAGCUACGCAAAGGAAGAGAGAGGGACUUGGAGCAACUCGAGCGUGAGACCUGGAAGCUGAGAACCAAAAUUCAACUAGAAAGUGAGAUACGAUCAGCAGAGCAGAAGAAGAAAGCAGAGACACAACAGUGGAGUUUCAUUCCUUGGGUGACCUCUGGAAAACAAACUCAGGGUGGCACAUCAUCUGAGGAUAAUUCAUCCGGAGGACUGGGAAGGAGUGAUACAUUACAAGCAGGGGAGGAGCCCCCAAAUGAUGAGUUUGCAGGCAUAUUACAGCGGAUAGCUGACGAUCUUUACGAUGAAGCCAAGAUCGACAGCCUUGCUGGUCAGCUGGGAAUCCUACAUGGUGAUAUACAGAGAGCGCUCAUGACCAAUGUGAAGUUCAACCGUGUAACCAGUGAUGGAACUCGCCACAUGCUGAAACAAUGGAGAAGAGGUGUGUCAAGGGAGGAUGAACGGAUUGAGCUAACGAAGGCACUGCAAGCUGCCAAGUUGGUCAACCUUGCAGACCUGUAUCUCAGCAAAGGUGAAGCAGAAGAACAGAUCGAUGCUGAAUAUGCCCACGAAGACGUCAAUAAUCAGCAGCUCUCUAAUAGAGAUGAGACCUCUCUAGAAGAGGACCAGACCAAAGGACACACUGACGACAUACAGGUACUUCAGGAAGCUACCUCAAGCAGCAACCAAACUCCUCGAGAUGAGCAUACAGAAGACAUGGCGUCCAAAAUUCAGGAGGACUUGACAGAUGGAAGUAGGAGUCAACAUCUUGACCAAUCACAGGAGCGCAGUACGGAGGACUUGGAUGAACCUGAGGUGACUUCUGAAGAAGUGUCCUUUGAAGAAGUUCAUCCUGGUGAUGAUAUGGACAACGUUAGUAGCAUUCAACCCUCUGAACAAUCGCCCAGUCAUGGAAUGCCAGUCCUACCUGAAGACAUGUCUGAGAAAGCCCCUCUGGUAUCUUAUGGUGGGAAACCCAACGAGGAAUUCACCAGCUUGGAUACAAGCCAUGUAGGCGGAAUCAUAAGUAACGACGAAGAGCUGAUUUCUCAACUCGUUCUUAUUGAUACAUCCCCGGAGAAAAUAUUGCUCCUUUUCCUCAUGAAGAUAAUGAUGGAUGUUUCCCAGAAAGCACUCAGUUUAUAAAGAAUCACCAUUGAACCUUCAUCAAGUAAAGUUUACUUACAUUAGUUUAGCUUGCGAGGUUUCAGGUCCAUUCCAGGACCCUUUACCAGAGCGACUGGUCUUUAGCACCAAAUGAUUGUUGACCCAUGAACGCGGUGACGUGGUCGAGGAACGUUGGCAUGGUCGGCCUGGUGAAGCAUCUGUGGACGUAAGACGUCGCAAUCUAAAACAAGUAAAUCCAGCUGACUUUUUUCGGAUACAUUAUCAACUGUCUGAAUGGUUUGAGAGAGUCAUAGACAAAACCUUCAUAACUAUUAACCCAACCAUAUUAUAUCCAAACACUGCAUGUAUAAUUUCAACAUUGUUAAUUGUGUAUAGAUAUUACACGAAUUGCAUGAGAGCGGGAUGUUUUUUAAUGUAGAUUUUAAUGUUCUUUUUGGCAAAUAUCUGGAUAUAGAAAUUCGAUUGAUUGUAGUAGUUAUUACAAGAGUAAUUUAUUAUAACCGGAGCAAUUUCAAUUUAUCGUUACACAUCUCUCAACAAAAUAUUAUGCUUGAUCAAUCCUAUAAUAUCAUUUUUUCCAUUUCACUGUACUUUUUAAAGCCCCA